CGUUAAGAGACUGACUACUGGGUUGCUUAAACUAUGAAAUGGGAAAGUUGUAAGCCAGUGGAAUCUGGAACGGGGAGCGGCUGCAGUGUAAUUGAGCUCGAGUUUGCAGUGACGUUUCUUUUGAUCUGUACUUUUCUCUGUUUAAACCAAGCUUCAGGUUACGUCAUCAUUCCUGCAGGGUUGUCCAAAGUCACUUUAGUCCUUGGUUCCUACUGCAGGGCUGCUGUAGUGUUGGGAUUUUUUGUUUGUUUGUUUGUUUGAACGGGAGCUUUGGGAGGUUUUAACAGCUGUUCUGUAAUACCUCCAUUCACAAGAAAUACUGGCCUCACUUCACUUGUUUUCACACUUUAGAUAGGGAUUUAAAUCUAGCUUUCUAUGGUGUUUGGGAAAAUAAUAAAGAAAAGAUACAUUGUAACAUAAUCCUGAAUGAUUGAUGAUCAAUGUAUAGCUAUUUUGCUAGGUCAAGAAAUUAAUGAAAUGCUUUUCUUCCUUAUAUUUUCCAGGUUGUGUUAUGUGAAUACACACUGAGUUUAUUUCCCCUUCAUGUAAUUAAUUGUUUUGGUUUAGUGACUUGAAAAGGGAUUGGUGGUUUAGACUAUUUUGUGCUCAGGGAACCACUUCCAAUUAUAAUGUUGCUCACUUAAGUGAGCAGUAUAAGAUAGACCAUGAAACAAGCAUACAGCGUCUAAAAGGGGUAUUUUGGCAAUGCUGAGCCCAUUGUUUCACAAGUGAUGGAAAAUGCAUGGAUCGUCAUAUGCACAAAGAAUCUUACCCCGGGGUUAUAUGGUGUUUCAGAUGAGAAUUGAUUCCUGUUCUCCCUAAAUCCGUGUGAUAAGCCCCAUUAUGAUGGAAUUCAGCAGUUUUGUAAACUCUUGAAUUUUAGAAUAUUAACUUUAGUGACCGCGGAAUUAAAAUUUCUUUUUGCCAUUCUGAACCCUCUUUUGAGUAAUCUAGAACCCAAAUUGCAUUUAUGUGGUUAUAUUGGUAACUAGCAUUGGUUUUUCAGAGUUAAAUUCUUUGCGACAGAAUGAUGAUUAUAACUGAGGAAACAUUAAAUUUGAGAAAACCAGUUUUCAUUUUGUAGAAAUAUGGCUUAUACAAUUACUGGGAAUACACUCUUAGGACAUCAGUAGACUGAUCUUUUGAUACCCCUGAGAUAAAUAUGGCCUGGUAUCCCACCAAAGGUAGAUUCAUGGGAAAGGUGUUUGCUUUAUCUUUCAUUUAGCCUGACAAGUUAGUUAUAUUGUUGUCAUUUCUUCCAGAUGACCUUUAUCUCUUAAAUAAUAUUUACUGCUGUGCUGAUAAAUGCUUCCACAACACUGAAAUGAGCCGCCAGACUGCGACAGCAUUACCCACUGGAACCUCGAAGUGUACGCCGUCCCAGAGGGUGCCUGCCCUCACUGGCACAACUGCAUCCAAUAAUGACUUGGCGAGUCUGUUUGAGUGUCCGGUCUGCUUUGACUAUGUGUUACCGCCCAUUCUUCAGUGUCAGAGUGGCCAUCUUGUUUGUAGCAACUGUCGCCCAAAGCUCACAUGUUGUCCAACUUGCCGGGGCCCGUUGGGAUCCAUUCGCAACUUGGCUAUGGAGAAAGUGGCCAAUUCCGUACUUUUCCCUUGUAAAUAUGCCUCUUCUGGAUGUGAAAUAACUCUGCCACACACAGAAAAAGCAGACCAUGAAGAGCUCUGUGAGUUUAGGCCUUAUUCGUGUCCAUGCCCUGGUGCUUCCUGUAAAUGGCAAGGCUCUUUGGAUGCUGUAAUGCCCCACCUGAUGCAUCAGCAUAAGUCCAUUACAACCCUGCAGGGAGAGGAUAUAGUUUUCCUUGCCACAGACAUCAAUCUUCCUGGUGCUGUUGACUGGGUGAUGAUGCAGUCCUGUUUCGGCUUUCACUUCAUGUUAGUCCUGGAGAAACAGGAGAAGUACGACGGUCACCAGCAGUUCUUUGCAAUUGUACAGCUGAUAGGAACACGCAAGCAAGCUGAAAAUUUUGCUUAUCGACUUGAGCUAAAUGGUCAUAGGCGGCGAUUGACUUGGGAAGCGACUCCACGAUCUAUUCAUGAGGGAAUCGCAACAGCCAUUAUGAAUAGCGACUGCCUAGUCUUUGACACCAGCAUUGCACAGCUUUUUGCAGAGAAUGGCAAUUUAGGCAUCAAUGUAACUAUUUCCAUGUGUUGAAAUGGCAAUCAAACAUUUUCUGGCCAGUGUUUAAAACCAUUGCAUUCAGUGUCACAGAAUAAGGCACCCGUCUGCCUGCCAACCUGAAACUUCUGGUAGGUGGAAGCUAGACGCAUGAAGGUAAAUUAAAGGAAAGGCUGUUAGACACAGGAAACAGUUGCAUGUAGUAACACUAAUAUAUUUAAAAAUAAGUCAACAGUAAACCACUGAAAAAAAUAUAUAUAUACACCCAAGAUGGGCAUCUUUUGUAUUAAGAAAGGAAGCAUUGUAAAAUAAUUCUGAAUUUUUUGUGUUGUAGAUUGAGUGUACUGUUGAAAAAUACCAGGUUUUGUUUUGUGUGUGUGCCCGCAAGUGUGCGUGCGUGUGUGUGUGCGUGUGUGCGUGCGUGUGUGUUUGUUUUCUUUAACUGACAAGCCAUGUUGAGUGGUCUUGGACCACUGCUUUUCCCUUUGUGAGUCAAUACAUAGUGCUGCUGUGUGUGUAUAUUUUUUUGUGUGUAUUUGCUAAUUUUUAUUAAUUCUAGUUUUUCAUUAAAUAAAUUUGACUUUCUUUUCUGUAAUUCAGGUUUUUCCUCACUUUUUUUGUACCUUUUUAAAGUUAGUGUCUUUUUGAUAUGCAUAAUUGUUUAUGGUAAAGUUUAUACAUAUGUGUUCAUUACGUAUUUUCCUUUACCCCAUUAAUCAUAUCAUUAGAAAUAUUUUAAAUUCAACUCCUGUGAAAGUAUGAAUUCCAGAAAGGAAAAGUAACAUCAGAAGAAUUAUCAGAAGGUCUUUAAAGCAGUUAUACGAUGGUCUCUGUCUCUUUCUCCACUUGAGUCAUACCUUUGAGCUUAUUCUUUUAAAGGUUAGGGAAUACUGAUUUUUUUAAUUCUAGAAAAAAAAAAUCAGGCUUAUUUUUUCUUCCAAAUACCUUGGACAAAUCACAUGUUUAAAAUUUGUUCUUGUAUUUAUUGGUUUUGCAAAAGAAGCAUCGUCUUACACAGUAUUUGUAAUCAAAAGCAAAUCAUUUGUUUAAAAAAAGGGCAGUUUGCAAAAAAUGUUUUUGGUCUUUUAUAAUUCUCAUUAAAAGAAUAUCUGGCAAAUUAAAAACUCUUACGUGUUUGCUUUAGCUCUAAGUUUGAUUAAAAUCCAGAUAGUUCUCCUGUUCAGUUCUGUACUUCAUAACUGAAAACUGUGUAUUUUGAAGUGUAAUAGAAUUGUUCUAAGCUAAGGAAUGAAUGUAUGGCCUCUGUUUACACAGUCUUGUUUUUCUUCCCUCUCGCUUACAUUUGUAUUUUCACAAUUCUGUAGGAGACUAAUUAUAAUUAGUUAAAAUGCUGAUCAAUUUUUUCCCCCCUUAAGAAAAAGAAACCCAAUAAAGAGGAGUUAGUAUUUUGUAGCCUAAUGGUUAUGAGCCUGGGCUCUACAGCAGACUUGCAAGGACCUACAUGUGAUUCUCGCUCUAGCCUGCUUCUCAGCUAUGGGACCUUGGGCCCCAGUUUCCUAAUGUAUAGGAUAGGGUUAAUUACGGUAGCUCCCCCAGAGCGGGAGGUGUGAUACCAGUAAGUUAACCUAGAACAGUGCUUUGCACAUAAUAAGCACCCAUCAAAUGUUAGCUGCUAUUAUUAUGCCUUUAACUAGCACCAUGUCUUCAACUUGCUAUUACCCGGAGGCACCUGACAGGAUUCUGAAAUUGCCUUCUGAAUGGCCAAAGAUCAUUUUUUAUGUGGCUUUUAUGGAUACACUAAACUUAGAAAGUCAGUUAAAAUUAAUUUGGACUGCUCCCUUAUCCUACCACCAAUUCUGCGUAACAGAAUUUACUUCUGUUAAUCAUUUUCAGGAAAUGAGAUUUGUGUAGUCUCUUCCCCGACAUAAGCAUUAUGUUUUGAAUUGGUUGUAACAUCUGCUUGUAAGCCAUUUUUGUGGUGAAAGGUCAACCACAAAGGUGUAUCUUGGUCUAUUCCUGUUAGCGUGUGUGUUUAGAAAAGCAGUUUUCCCUCCUCAUUUGAUGUAUGACUACUUUGGUGGAGGUGUAUCAUUUUGUUUUUAAAAUAUUUUGAAGUGUUUCUUGGGUAAUGAAAGUAGUGUGUCCUCAGUGUAGAGUUUGGGAGUUAGAAAAUGGCACAUGCAAGAGUCAUAGCUGUCCAUUCAGAGAUGACUGACAACAUUUUUAUUUUUCUAGUCCUUUGUAUAUUUAUGUGUUUUGAUAAUUUAUAACCCCCUCAUGCCCUCACACAACACAGUCAGUGCAUUUCACUUUAAUAAUCUUAGACACCAUUUUGAGAAACGUUUGUGAGGAUUAACUAUAAUUUUAAGCAGUUUCCUGAUGUUAGGUACUGCUUUGUCCAGUUGGGUCUAUGUAAAUCUUUUCUGGCUAUUUAUAAAUAACCUGUGAACAUUU